AUGGUCAUGGAGUCCGAGCCACAGCCUGGUAAUACUGGUCAUGAACCUAAAAAUACCACAAGUCAGCAACAACAUCAGUAUGAUGACCAAACACCGAGUAGUGCUGAUGAAGCAGAGUUUCUAUGGAAGCUGAGGAAGUACUUGAUCCUGCUGGCAACUUUAUCAGCCACCAUCACCUACCAGGCGGGGCUGGCUCCACCAGGUGGUCUCUGGCCAGAUAGCCAGCAAGGCCACCUUGCCAGUGACAUUGUGAUGCUACAUAGCUACGCCAAGCGGUACAAGGUGUUCUUCUACUGCAAUGCAAUGGCAUUCAUGGCAUCACUCGUUGUUCUGAUCCUGCUCCUGGUCAGGGAGCUGAGCCGGAAUGCAAUUUGGCUCCGUUCGUUGCAGUUUGCAAUGUUGGUUGACCUGCUGGGACUUAUGGGGGCCUACGCUGCUGGGAGCUGCAGGGAGGUCAGAACAUCCGUUUACAUUUGGGUAUUACUUGCUGGCAUCUUCACAUAUGCCACACUUCAUGUAGUGUUCUUCCGGCAUCUAGCGCCUGAAUGGCUCCGAGACAUAUUCAGGAAUAUCCAGAGGUUCUGGGAGGAUUCUAUGGCACAAAUUUUCAGCAGAAGGCACAACAUCAGAGAUGAACCAGAUGCUCCUCUCCAUGAUAAAGAGGAGGCACUGGAGCAGAAUCGCAGUUUCUUGCUGGUUGCUGCUACAUUGGCAGCAGCAGUGACAUAUACUGCAGGGCUAAGUCCACCGGGUGGCUUCUGGCCUGACAACAAUGGUAGCCACACUGCCGGUGACCCGGUGCUUCGAGACCACUACCCCGGCCGCUUCAAGGCAUUUAUGGCCUGCAAUUCCACUGCCUUUUCUGGAUCCCUUGUCAUCAUCAUCAUGCUCCUCAGUAAAACGGGAGCGAAUCACAUUGCCAAGUCAAACGUACUUCGGUUGUGGGUUCUGGUCAGCCUGCUUGGCCUUAUGGCUGCUUAUGCUGCAGGGAGUUGCAGGAAAGUCCGUACGUCUAUCUUUGUGUUCUCGCUUGUCGGAGCGGUCCUUCUCUACCUCAUCAUUCAAUGGGUUGCUCCUAUGGUGCCCAAGCCAAAAUUUAUCAGGGACUGGAUCAAGUGGAUGGAAGGAGAGCAGAAUAAGCUGAUCUUGAAGCUAAACUCCUUUAUGGAUAGUUGCAGCACAUCCAAUGGGCAGGUGACACCAUUAGAUAUUGUGAAAGAUGACUUAGGGAAGUUGCGCACAUACCUUUUAUUGCUUGGCAUCCUUGCUGCGACUAUUACAUACCAAGCUGGGUUGCAUCCCCCAGGCAGGUUUUGGCCAGACAGUCGAGAUGGGCAUCUUGCUGGAGAUCCAAUCCUAGAGGCCAUCCAUCCCAUGCGGUACAAGACAUUCUUCUACUGCAACGCCACUGCAUUUGUGGCGUCAUUGGUUAUCAUCACCCUACUCCAGAGCCAGUUGAUCACCAUAGGUGCCAUGAAACGAUAUGUGUUGCAGACAGCCAUGGUUUUUGACCUCUUCAGUAUAAUGGGGGCAUAUGCUGCUGGCAGCAGCCGGACUUUAUCCACAUCAAUGUAUGUGAUAAUCUUAGUCAUCCUUGUUUUCUCUUAUGUUGUGCUUCAUAUUGUGCUAUUUAUGGACACAAGAGUUCCCGGUGAAUCAGCUCAGCAGCAAGAUGAUAACCCUGAACUGAAAGAUUUGGAGAAGCGGCGCAAGUUUCUAAUGCUGCUUGCAAUUCUGGCAGCAUCCAGCACAUACCAAGCCGGCAUAAGCCCACCAGGGGGCUUCUGGGCUGACAAUAGAGAUGGCCACGAGGCAGGUCACCCAUUAUUCAGUGAUGAAUUUCCACACCGUUACCAGGCUUUCAUCUACUUGAAUUCCACUGCUUUCAUGGCAUCAUUGGCUGUAAUUAUGCUGCUUGUUAGUAGAAGGCUGUGUCACAAAGGAUUGCAGGGGCACACACUGCGUGCAUGUGUGCUACUAGAUCUGAUCAGUCUCAUGGGUGCUUUUGCCGCUGGAAGCUGCCGAAAAGUGUCGGUGUCGGUUUAUGUCAUCCUAGUCUUGGCUGUUGUUUUUGCCUGCAUCAUGAUCCUAGUUCUGGUACUGAAUUUUGCGAAAGAUAAGGUGAUCAACUUCUUUAACUGGAUGUUUCACAUCACUGAUUUCAAGAGUCCGAAUCCACCCAAGAAUCAUGAUAGAAGCAUCAAAGUAAACAAAAAAACUAGCCAAAAAUGGCGUAAAGACUUGAUGCUGAUUGGAACUUUCACAGUGUCUGUUACGUACCAAGCUGGGCUCCUUCCUCCAGGUGCCCUUUGGCCUGAUGACCGCGAUAGCCAUUUCACAGGUGAUCCAGUCAUCCAUGAUACCCAUCCGAUACGGUAUAAGGUAUUCUUCUACUGCAAUGCCGCGGCGUUUAUGGCAUCAAUGGUUAUAGUCAUCAUGCUGCUGAACAGCACAAUAAGUAAGUACAAGAGAUCUCUACUUGCAAUGAAAACAGCAAUGGUGAUGGACUUGCUUGGUCUGCUCGGGGCGUAUGCUGCAGGCAGUUGUAGGAACUUGAAGACGUCGGCGUAUGUUUUCGCACUCGUCAUUGCUGUCUUCAUCUAUAUUGUCAUUCACAUUUUUCUGUCGUUCGAUAAAAUGGCACGAUUGGUAAGGACUAUGGGAGAACAAUGGAUGCCAUGCCUGACGAAGAUAUGGGUACUCGUUGAAAUUGAACCUUCAAACCAUGACCCAUCUACUGAACAGCCUUGA